AUUUCUGUCUUCAAAAGUCUCCUUCAAAAUUCUCACCGGAAAAUCUUGACCUCUGCUUCCUUCCUUCUCUCUCCGGCGAAGAUGAUGCACAUGACGUUCUACUGGAGCAGGCAGGUGACGCUCCUGUUCGACUCGUGGAGCACCACCACGUGGCUCAGCUACGCCCUCACGCUCCUCGCCUGCCUCAUCGUCCCGGCGUUCUACCAGUACCUCGAGGACCUGCGCGUGCGUCUCAGGCUGGCCUCGUCGGCCGCGAAGGCGUCGGAUCCGAUCCAGACUCCGCUCCUGCGAGGCAAGCUCAGCGCCGGAGGGAAGUUCUCGGCGGUUAAGCUGGCCGGGGCCGUGAUCUUCGCCGUGAACUCCGCGAUCGGGUACAUGCUGAUGCUGGCGGUGAUGUCGUUCAACGGCGGCGUUUUCGUGGCGAUCGUGGUGGGGUUGGCGGUUGGGUAUUUGUUGUUCAGGAGCGGAGAGGAUGAUGUUACGGUUGCGGUUGAGAAUCCAUGCGCUUGUGCUUGAAGAUUAUAAUUAGAUAAUUGUAUAACGAAAUUAAGAUUUGCAUUGCAAUUCCUCAUGUUUCAUGAAUCUGAAUUUACUGGUGUGCUGUGUUUUUUUCCCCUCUGGGGUUUCUGUAAAAAUUUGUGGAAUUAUAUGCAUGAUUGGAAAGCAGAG